AUGCUUCCGUGUCGUCUGCUGCUGGUCAUGGCGUUGCUCGUGGGCACAGGGGCGCAGCACUGGUCCCACGGCUGGUACCCGGGAGGAAAGAGGGAACUGGACCCGUUCACCCCGGAGAUUUCUGCGGAGCUGAAGCUGUGUGAGUCUGGAGAGUGCAGUUACCUGAGGCCCCAGCGCAGAAGUGUCCUGAGGAACAUCUUUUUGGACGCCAUCACCAGAGAACUGCAGAAGAAGAAGUGACUCGUCCUCCACAUUUUUGACUCUCACUUCACCACAG